AUGAAAAGAAAGGCAAGAUUAAAUUUUAGUACUGACUAUUUACCUAUAGGCUAGCAUUAAACUAGUAAGAGAGUACAUAGAGAAACUGAAGAGGAUGAUGAAUAGCAAAAUAAAACUAAUUGUGAUAGGUUAUAGGAAGAAUAAAGUAAUUAAAAUCAUACUUAAGGUGAAGAAAAUAAUAUUUAGAUUGACUAAGAUAAACCUUUAAGAGAAAAACGAGCAAUUUAGGAUGAUUCAAGCAAAGUAGAAUCAGUUGAAGAAAUUAUUUAAAGAAAAUUAUCAACAAAUCCAAUAAAUUUAAUCAAACAAGGUAAAGAAAAUUAAUAUGGAAACUUUAGAAGCUACUAUGAUCACAGAUACGAAAAGAAAUGGAGUGAUCCAAGAUUAAAGGUUUUAGAUAGAAAUUGGUUUUUAAACAAGGAAGUUCUAGAUAUAGGAUGUAAUGAUGGGUCCCUGACAUUACUGAUUGCAAUAAAGUACUUUCCAUUUAAAAUAGUUGGAAUUGAUAUUGAUUUCAAUCUGAUUAAUAAAGCUGUAGGUAAUUAUAAUUUGUUAGAAAAGGAGUAGUCUAAAUGCAAAAGCAGCUGCAACGAACACAGUGAGGAUAAUAAUAGCUCUUAGAAUUAGUAAGAUAACUAUAAAAAAAUUAAAGAUAAACUGAGUAAGAUCCCUAAAAGUUAUUUAAUUGAUAGGAGUAAAUAAAAUGAAAAAUUAAAAGAGAUGUUUCUCAAAAAAAAUGCUGACAACAUAUUAUAAAAUCCUGAUUCUAAUCACUUUUAAAUGGAACUUGAAAAGCCAUAAGGUCAUACAAAUUUAAUUGGCAAUAAUGAUAGCUUAAAUAACAAAGAUAAUUUAACUGAAAAUAUUUAAAAUAUCUAAUAAAAUUUGAUAUUAUCUGAAUUUAAUAAUGAAUAAGCAUAAACAGAAGAUAAGAAAUAAAUUUAAUGUUAAAAUAACGAAGAGGUUAUCAAAGUUUAACAAGAAGAUAGUCUUAAAUAGUUAAACUAAGAAAAUUAAUUAGAGAAGGAUAAAGAUUAAAAAUUCAAUGAGAGUAAUGUUAAAAUUUAAGAGGAAUCUUAAACAUUUGAGUAAUAAACUGAAUGUAAAUAAAAUUAGAAUUUGAAUAGUUAAGUUGAUGAUAAUUAGUAAGAAAAAAAAGAUGAAGACACUGAAAAUAUAAAAGAUGAAACAAAUAAUUUAAAUAAAGAACUAACUUUAGAAUAGCAAAAUAAUGUUAGCAGCGAACACACAUAAGUUUAGUAAGAAGGAGAUAACCAAAUUUAAAGUUUUCCUUAGUAGAUUGUGAUUAAAAGAAGAUUUCCAUAAAAUACAAAAUUUAGAUUAGAAAAUUAUGUUGAGAGUACUGAGCUUACUGAGAAGUUUGAUACCAUUUGCUGCUUUUCUACUACAAAAUGGAUUCACUUAAAUUUUGGUGACUAAGGUAUAAAGAGACUAUUUGAUAAAGUGUAUAGGAGUCUGAGAGUUAAUGGAAUUUUUAUUCUUGAACCAUAAGAGUGGAGAUCAUAUAAAAAGAAAUAAAGUUUUAGUGAAGAAUUUAGAUAAAUACUCAAAUCAAUCAAGUUGCAUCCAGGAGAAUUCAAGCAACAUUUAUUGGAAAAUUACAAAUUUAUCUUGGAAAAAGAAAUUAUACCUGAGCUCAACAGUAAUAAGGUUCCUGCCUUUUUCAAAAGAGUUGUCUAUGUUUUUAGAAAAGUUGAAUGA